AUGACCUCCCCCAUAGACAUUGCUACACCGCUCCGAAACUCGUCUUCGCCGUCAUCGCAGGGCCAGAAAGCCAGCAACUUCCACGAUCCCGACAUCAUGAGUGGCACCGCCUUCGACUCCAGUAUGGGGAGAGGGCGACAGGAUUCCUUCGCAGGAGCGAAACCCAUUUCCAUGAACAAUCCAAAUCGAAACUCUGACGGUCGGCCGCGGCGCGAGAGUCUGGCUGGAAGCCUCGUUCAAGGCAUGUCUUUCGGAGGAGUGAGCGUUGGCAGUUGGAUUCGAGACGACAUAAUUAUGGCGGGCACCUCACCUUUCCCCUAUCAGUCGCCGUCUUUCCACUCGUCGUCCUAUCUACCAAAGCUCGAAGCCAACUUCAUGAGAGAUUUCGCAUGCUGCGGCCAAACAUUACCCACUUUACACGAUCUGCUGCAACACUACGAGGAGGCACAUGCUCAGCAAACGCCGCAGUCUCUACGAACAGCAUCUGCAGCUGCGCGGGCAAGAGAGAACUCGACGCCAAAUAGUAAAGCAGCUAUUGCAGCACAAGCAGCUUCAGCGGUUCAACAGCAGGCUCAGCAAGCUCAACAACAAUCGCAGCAGCGCCCACAUGGUUUACAAAUCCCUCAAGGUGGAGUGAAUGUUAGUGGAAUACAGAUGAUGAGACAGCAACAACAAUCACAACCUUCAACGCCAAUCCAAAAGAAUGCAGAGCCAGUUUCAGAAGAUAUGGAUAGUGUGGAAGACAUGGAGAUGGAUGAUGCCAUCGGUCCGCUCGAUAACGCACCCGAGACUCCUAUUCAAACACACCAACAACCAGUUCAACCUGUCCAGCAAUCGAUGUUUGGCCAGCAACGACCAAACUUGAACUUGAAUUCUGCUGGUUUGCAACACUCCGGCCUUCGGACAUCACAACCGACAACCCCUGCAACAGCAGGUUUUGGCUUCCAGAAUAAUCCCACUGUUUCAUCUGUAAAUACCCCAACCCUCAGUGCUCAGCCUAUCCAACAGCAACAGUCACACCAGUUCUCGCCUGAUACCUCGGUUCCGGGAACUCCCGCUGGAGAAAUGGAAGAUAAUUACCCCAAUAUGCCGAUGAACAUGGGUGGUAACAUGAACAUGAUGGGAAACAUGAACUUUCCGUUCGGAAUGGCAAAUGACAGUUUGUCGCUGGAUCUUUGCAUUGACGAGCCUGCAAAGCGAUUGUACAGUCCAAAUGGAUUCCCAAACCAGCAGAGACUCCAACAACAAUUUGCGCAAUUUGGCCUUGGACAAGGUCAAUUUGGUAACAAUGCUGACCUCAUGAGAGCAUAUCAACAACAACAUAUGAUGCAGAUGAAUGGAAUGGGAAGUGCUCAAGCUGCUGCAUUGAUGAUGGGCGAAGAGCACAAGCCAUUCAGAUGCCCAGUCAUCGGUUGUGAGAAGGCUUACAAGAACCAAAACGGACUCAAAUACCACAAGACUCAUGGUCACCAAACUCAACAACUGCAUGAGAAUGGAGACGGCACGUUCUCCAUCGUUAACCCCGAAACUUCCACCCCUUACCCAGGAACUCUCGGCAUGGAGAAGGAGAAGCCUUACAAAUGCGAUGUUUGUGGCAAGAGAUACAAGAACCUGAACGGGCUGAAAUACCACAAGCAACAUUCGCCCCCUUGUAAUCCAGAUCUCAAGCUCGGCAAUCAACUAGUCGCAGCAAGUCUGGGUCCACUCGGUGUCAAUGUCCCUGGUUUACCAGGUAUUGGCGAAGAGAUGAUGUGA